UGCUAUGGCGAUGAUCACGUUUCCGUCAGAAGAUGGCGUCUUUUCCGUGGAGCGGACCGAACCUUCAUUGCCCUAGUCGAUGUGACGAACCGGGGAGCGCUCACAAAACUAUUCUCGACAGGUCGAGCUUCAAAUGCUCGCGUGGUCGCAUUGGAUGUCAUCUGAUUGAAGCUGCCAUCAGCGGACAGACGAGAUGCUACGCCUUGCAUCGCCAUCGAUCUGCCCAUUCUGCGAGAUCAGCGCAUUAUACAAGUCCUGCUACCCAUCAUGGCGAACCUCCACCCGAUCCAUGGCCACCGUGCAGAAACGACAGCCAUCACGAAUGGUGCUUUCCGAAAAAGUCGCCCAAGGACCACCACGAGCACAAUCAGAAGGACGCACGACGAGGCGAUCGCGGAAUAGUCCAUGGGGUGCAAUGAAUCGAACGACAGUACCGAGGGAGGUGGAGUUGGCACAGAAGAAGAUGACAGCGGCGGAUCACAAACGGCAGGCGAGAGCAUUUUUGAAAGCGAGAACAAAUAGUGGCAAGCCGGAAAAGACGAGAGAACCGAUGAAGGCGCUGAAGAUGCAGCGGGCGUUGGCGAAUGUGUCAUAUGAAAAGCGUGGACGGAUCAAGCAGGAGUUGGCGGAAAGGGACAGCUUUGAUGAAUUUGAUCUAUUACCUUUGGUCAAGGGAUCGAUAUCGUCGCAAGCACUGGGAGGACUGCAGGACGUUUCGCCUACACCCAUACAACGGCUUGCGAUACCUGCGAUUCUGGGGACACAGGACAUGACGAAGAAGAAGAAGACCAGAACGAUACAAGAGAUUCAAGCAGGGAUGGAACCAAUUCUGCUCGCCGCAGAGACGGGUUCUGGAAAGACGUUAGCUUACGUCCUCCCUGUUGUAGAUGCCAUCAAACGAGCCGAAGCUGUUGAAAAAUCCGAGCUAGCAGUGGAAGACGCCCGCAAAGCAGAAGAAGCCACUCGUCAACCCGCAUGGUCGGCGAACUUCGCCCUCGAAACGCCGGACAUCAACCAUACCAGCUCUGGGCGUCCACGAGCUAUCAUACUUCUCCCGACCGCCGAACUCGUUUCCCAAGUCGGCGCACUCCUCAAGUCUCUCUCCCACACCAUCAAGUUCCGCUCAGCCGCCAUCUCAUCCUCCGUCUCUCCUACCGUCAUCCGCAACCGACUCUUCUCUCCCGCGGGCAUCGAUGUGGUCAUCUCCACUCCUCACCUCUUGCAAUCCAUCACGGAAUCCGACCCAAAUCUCCUUUCCCGGGUUACACAUCUCGUAAUCGACGAAGCCGACUCCCUCCUCGACCGCUCCUUUUCUCCCAUCACAUCCGGCAUCAUCGACCGCGCCACGCCCUCUUUACACCAACUCAUCCUCUGCUCUGCCACAAUUCCCCGCUCUUUAGACUCCUACCUCAACAAACGCUAUCCGAACGUCCGCCGUCUAGUGACUCCAAACCUGCACGCCAUCCCUCGUCGAGUCCAACUCUCCGUAGUCGACAUCGACAAAGUGCCCUACCAAGGAAACCGCGAUCUUGCAUGCGCGCAAACAAUCUGGGACAUCGGCAAGGAGACCGCGGAAGAAGGUCCCGAACAUGAGAAGAAAGUGGUCGUCUUCGUCAACGAACGGGAGAAGACUGCUGAACUCACAGCAUACCUCCGCGCAAAAGGUAUUGAUGCCACAGCUCUAAGCAGAGACAGCGACGAGCGUAAAAUGAGCGAGACACUUGCUGCCUUCACCGGCUCGCCUUCGUUGCCUCGCAACACAGCUGCUACUGGCCCCGCGCCUCCCUCCCGAUCGUCUGACAACAAGAACACACUUGUCUACGCUCCCCCAUCUGCCUCCGACCCUGGAACGCUGUCUCGUCCGACCCAACUGCUGUCUAAUACGAAAGUCCUCGUCAUGACCGAUUUGGGAUCACGAGGAAUCGACACCCUUCAGGUCAGGCACGUCGUAUUGUAUGAUGUGCCGCAUACGUCGAUUGACUUCAUUCACCGAUUAGGGAGAGUGGGACGUAUGGGAAGGAGAGGGAGGGGUGUGGUAUUGGUCGGACGGCAUGAUCGGAAAGAUGUGGUCAAGGAAGUGCGAGAGGGCAUGUUCAAGGGACAGGCUUUGAUUUAG